GCAACAGUUGCAGACCACAUCAGUGAUCAAAAUCAAAUAGGCCUAACUAGACGCUAUACUAAAACUAAAAUAGCGACAGAGGUAGAUUAUAGAUCUAGUUACUAGAUCUAGAUCUAGUAUUACUAGAUCUAGACUAGAUUCUAUAAUAAAAUAAUAUUAAUGACCAACACCUUUAAAAGUUUUACUUUUCACGGUUCGUGUGAAGAGGAUUUUAUUUCUGUGAAGAUACCUGAAUUUGCAGAUGCAGCAUAUGGGCUGUACAUAUGGCCUUGUGCCCCUGUACUUUCACAAUUUAUUUGGCUAAACAGAGAAAGGAUUAAAGGAAAGUCAGUCCUAGAGAUAGGAGCUGGAACUGCCUUACCAGGCAUUGUGGCUGCCAAAUGUGGUGCUAAUGUCAUUCUCAGUGACAGCAACAGUUACCCACAGUGCCUUGAUAUUUGCAGAGAAAGUGCUCAGCUAAAUGAUGUACCAAAUGUUGCUGUAGUAGGAAUCACAUGGGGUGAAGUCACUUCAGUUUUAACUGACCUUCCUAAUAUAGAUGUUAUACUUUCUUCAGAUUGUUUUUAUGAUUCAAAAGAUUUUGAAGAUGUAAUUAUGACACUGUCAUACUUGCUACACAAAACCCCUACUGCUGAAGUUUGGUGUACUUACCAAGAAAGGAGUUCAGAUAGAAGCAUUGAAUAUUUACUGGACAAAUGGCAGCUGAUGGGAGAAGAAGUUGACACCCCUGAUAUGGACUCACUAGAGACAAGUUUCCAAGGUCACACAAAGCAUACAAUUCAUUUAUUUAUCAUAAGGAAAAAACAAGAUCUGCAACCACUUGUACUGUAAAAUGGAUUGUUUGAAAAGUAUACCUUUGAUUGCAGCUUCUUAGAUUACUGUUGACUAAUAUUUGAAUAACAUUUAUAAACAUUUGAAUUUCUCUUGU